AUGAUAUGGAUGUAUUAUGGUUUUUGGAUGACCGCAUUCGUUAGGUAUACGGCAGCAGUAUCGUCAGAAAUACGUAAACAGUUAUAUGAAGAUCUCCUAUUUGAUUAUAUGAAAGUUCCACGACCAGUCAAAAAUACUUCAGUUGUUUUAACGGUUGAAGUUGGCGCAUCAUUGAUACGUUUAAUUGACGUGGACGAAAAAAAUCAGAUAAUGACAACAAAUCUUUGGCUUGAAAUGCGUUGGUAUGACACAAGACUUACUUGGGAACCAAAAAAGUAUGGAGGCAUAAGAAGCCUGCAUAUACCAAGCGAUUUUAUUUGGGUUCCAGAUUUUGUUCUGUAUAAUAAUGCUGUUGGUGAUCCUGACAUCACCACUGUCACAAAUGCUUUGGUUGCUUAUGAUGGUCGAGUAGUAUGGCAUCCACCAGCUAUUUAUAAAUCAUUUUGCCCAAUUGAUGUUACGUGGUUCCCAUAUGACACACAAAACUGCGAAAUGAAAUUUGGCAUCUGGACAUAUACUGGUUACUAUAUUGAUCUAAAACAGAUUAACAAAGAUCAGGUAAAGAAUGAAACCGACAAAAAUGGCGAAGAAGCUGAAGUUGUACACGUCGGAAUGGAUUUGAGCUUCUAUUAUGAGUCAGCAGAAUGGGAUCUGCUGUCACUGUCAUCGGCAAAACAUUCAAAGCUUUACUCCAAUUGUUGUGGACCAGAAAAAUUUGUUGAUAUAACUUAUUUUUUUACACUUCGUCGAAAAACACUUUUUUUCACCUGUAAUCUUAUUGUGCCUUGCUUUCUCAUAUCUUCACUAACCACAUUUGUAUUCUGUUUGUCCAGAAAAAAGAUCGACUUUGCCAUUCACUUGUUGGUUACUUUAACUGUAUUUUUUUUGGUGCUUUUGGAAAUAAUGCCUCCAACUUCAGUGGUUUUACCAAUGCUUGGCCGUUAUCUGACAACUACAAUGGUUUUGGUUACUGCUUCAACAAUUGUUUCAGUUAUUGUUGUUAAUGUUCGCCUUCGUAAAGGUUCUUCGCAUACUAUGUCACCGUGGACCAGAAAAAUUUUUCUUGACCUUUUGCCACGACUUUUGAUAAUGCGAAGGCCAAAAAUCGAAAAAACGGAGUGGAAGAUUGGUGUACAACGCGUAACUGAGCCACCGAAAUUGUUAAAUUUUCAAGCGACGUCACAAUCGUUGAGAUUAGAAAGAAGUAAUUGUGAAGUAGAAGUUCCACCUCGUAAAUAUCAUAGCAUAUUGGUUCGAUCAGCACAACAUCAUAGUUCAAAGAAGCGUAAAUGCCAUAUGUGGAAACCGAUAAGAGAUCAAAAGUUUCGUGAACUUUUAUUUCACAAAAAUUUGAUAUUGAAAAUUUACCGACAACUGCAUUUUAUUGCCACGUAUUUUGAAUGUGCAGAAUAUGAAUCCGAACUGUCUGAAGAAUGGGUAUUUGUAUCAAUGGUUAUGGAUCGAUUUUUCUUCAUAGUUUUUUCAAUAUUAAAUAUUGGAUCAAUUUCGAUCAUUCUUGAAGCACCAAUUUUUUACGAGUAUCAUCAACCGAUGAACAGAUCAGCACCAAGUAAACCGCUCGGACAGACAUAUUUUAGUUAA